CCAUAAUGCAUCAUUUUCGCUCGUAUGCAACCGAUAACAAGAUGGCGGCCGAAGUUGAUGAAACUUUUUAUCGUCUUGUUUACACGCAGGAAAGCCUGUCCCCUGUGACCGUCAGUCAAAACAAAUUCACGCUAGGUAGAGCGCAAGAUUGUGACCUCAGUUUUGCUUCCUGUAAAUAUCUGUCUGGCCACCAUUGCAAUAUAACUAGAGAUGAGGAUGGUAUAACAUGGCUUUACGACACAAGCACCAAUGGAACUUUAGUAAAUGGCAGAAAGGUUAAGAAUGGUCAGAGAGUUCAACUCUGUCACAAUGAUGAAAUUCAUCUUGUACAUCGUAAAGAUUUGAAUAUUGGCUUUAUAUACCAAGAUGUUCAAUGCUUACAGGGAGGGUCUGCAAUUCUGGACCAAACACAGGAGUAUGAGCUUGACCUAGAAAAAACACCUAUUUUAUCAGACGACAGCAAGGAUGGGACAGAGCUGGCGCAAACAGAUGAUGGGUCCCGUGCAGGAAAGAGAGCUCAUCCUGAGAGUGCCAGCACUAGUGAACCAGAGGGACCGACACCUAAGAAGCCACACCCUGAUGACGGCAAGGAUGCCACACCUAGUAUGUCAGCUGAAGUGCCCAAGCUUCGAUCACAAGACUCGCUGGCGGAAACUUUACUCUGCAAUAUAUGUCAGGAUAUUUUUCAUGACUGUAUAAGCCUGCAGCCAUGCAUGCAUAGUUUCUGUGCGUCAUGCUACUCGCAGUGGAUGGAACACUCUAGAGAUUGCCCUUCUUGUAGAAAUACUGUCUCCAGAAUAAACAAGAAUCACAUUGUCAACAACCUGGUUGAAGCAUACCUUAGAGCUCACCCAGAUAAGUGUCGUUCUGAUGAAGAAAUCAAAGAAAUGGAUGCAAGAAACAAAAUCACUACAGAUAUGCUGAAGCCAAGAAGACGUAGAGCACUAAAUCCUGGCUGGCCAAUUUUGGGAAGAGGAGAUUUCUAUGAUGAUGAUGAUGAUGAUGAUGAUGAUGAUGAUAGUGAUGAAUAUGGAAGUACAAGUCACUCUGAUGAUAGUGAUGAUGAUGAUGAUGACGACGAGGAAGACAUUUUACCCAGAAUUAUUGCUAGCAUAAGCCCACCGAGUCUCACCCUUGGAGGACUGUUUGGCUUUAGAGGACCAAGAAGUUCUGCUCCACUUUGUCGUCAGUGCCCAUCCUACAACACGACAAUUCCAUCAUCUAUAGCAACACCAUCAGCAGCUACACCAUCUGCAAAACCAUCUGGAGCAUCUUUAUCUAUGUCGUCAUGCGAAUCAACAUCAUCAACACCUGCAACUUCAUCAACCACAGCAUUAUCAUCUGCCACGUUGCCAUCCACAUCAUCACCCUUAGCACCACUUUCUGCUUCAGAAUGCUGUCGGACAGCUGCAAGUAGUAGCACUGACCUCUCAGCUAGCGGAGACACUGACCACCCCACCCCUUCCCCCUACACCUGCUACCCUGGCUCCCCCCAUAUCAUCUGUACAUGCUGCCGAGAGUAUAUGCCAGACCGACGCCCAGGAAUCACUUCGACUGGAACUGCAUCUUCGGCCGUUCCACCUUUGACAUGCUCAGUUUGCUCUCAUGUAUUUUGUCACCUUUAUUGGGGCUGCCAAAGAAGUGACUGCAAUGGAUGCCUAAACCAAUUUAAAGAUAUGAAAUUCGUCGAUGGUUGUUUGACUACACUUAUCAACAACAAUAACUGUGAAUCAGAGAUUUUAAAGAAUUGUCUUGCAGGGAAGAACAUUGGUGUAGAUGAGCUGCUUCAAAAAUGCCUUGAAAAACUAGACGUUAAAGCGUACACGUCUAUCGACUCUAUCCGCCAUAACCUCACCUCCACCUCCGUUAUUUGCUAUCGUUGUGGAUUACGUAACUUCCAGGACCUCGCGUAUCAAUACCGACGAGACAUACCAGCUGAUGAACUACCAGCCAGUGUAACAAGCAAGCCAGACUGCUACUGGGGAAAGAAUUGCCGUACCCAGAAGAACAAGCCCCACCAUGCGAGCCGAUUUAACCACAUUUGUGAGCAGACCAGAUUUACAUAAUCUACAAGUGGCGCUUGAAGGAGCCUCGCGACCGAGACGCUCUCUAAGCACGAGAGGAAUUCUCAACCUCAAAGCCCUUGAAAAGCACUCGUACAUCGAUACUCUGUGCACAGGGACCAUGAUAAUUUAGAAGUAGGAGGUCUAGGUGAGAGGGGGGGGGGGGGGAGGGGGCUGAUAUUUAUUUUUAAGUGAAAAAGCCCAAGUCUGCCACGCCUUUGUUAUUUUAUGAAAUAAUAUUGGCGAAGACAAAUUACGUGGAGAGUCUCGAAAUAGGCAAGAAGAAACAGCAUUUUACAUGUCAUGGCCAAAUUCCAUUUAAAAAAAUGUCCUACAAGCCCCCAAAAUUCAGCCGAUGGAAACGGGUGGCUUUCUCGCAUUUUGUGGCGGUUAAGCUCUUCAAUAGGGGAGACCUACAAUAGCUUAGAAGUGUGAAUCCAAAACCCAUCCUCAUCCAGCCUCCUGUGUGAAAACGGUGCCAAGGUAGUCUCCUUCGCAGACGAUACUGCUUCACGCCUGCGCAAAAGACUAUUCCAUGGGAAACCUACCAUUAAAUAUCUCACAGGGAGGGUGGCAUUGCUUUUUCUUUUCUGUUUUUCUUUUCGCAGCAAGUGGGGUGUCGCUGUACCAUUUAGCCAUAGGGUUGUUUGUUCGAUUUGUUUUUCUAGAAACUUUGACCUCGAUAUUUUUUAAGGGGAAUUCUCGUCACCUACCCAUCAGAUAUCAGAUAAUCGGUCCCUAAUGCAAGCGUGGUUAUAUAUAGAUAUAUUUAUAGAGGCUUAGCUUUAAGUCUUACUUAGAACAAAAUCUCGCAGCUUGGUACAUAGCUGGCAUACCGCCUGUCGGCGCUAUUACACAGCGCUAAUGAUUCUGUGCCAACUGUUACAAAUAUUUGUAAUAAAAAAAAGAUGAAACAUUUUCAUCUUUUGAAGUUUUUUUGUAUAAUAAGGUACCAUAUGGUUAAUUAGAAAAAAACAUUUUAUAAAUUCACCAUGAUGCGAAACAGGAAACUGAAAUGUGCAUUGCGAUUCAAAUGUAUUACAGAUGUAAUGACUCGAAUAAAAUAUCGUUGAUUAUCUUU